CAGACCAAAUAAUUUUCAAACAUUUUCAGGAACCCUGCAGGCUUUUUUAAUAACAGCAAUAUCUGACCUGUCUUCCAGCUCUUCUAGGAACAGGACAGAUAUUCUAAGCUAGGUCACCUUACAACAGAUACCUGUGUUCAGAAAAGCUGACUCAUUGUGAGCUCUUUAGCCUGAAUCAGGCUUUCAAAUUAAACACAGCAAAUCCUUUCUAGCUAGACAUACAGAACCCACUUCCAGUCUUCCAUUAACCAGACACAUAAGCACUGCACUACUCUCUUAUUUAACUCAUCUCAGCCCAAGUUGGAGACAAGCUCAUAAUCAAAUAGCUAGCUCUCUGUUGUGGCUCCUUCAACAGGAAUUAAUGCCCUGGAAAACACAUCUAAGCAGGACGUAUUCAGAAUUUUAAUGUUAGGGUUUAAACUCAGACUGGCCUGUCAUAUUGAAUACCAGUAUCAGCUAACAGUAGACAUCACUUAUUUCCAUAUGUGGGUUUUUUGGGUGUGUUCUGGGGGCUUGUUUCUGUUUUUCUUCACAAAACCACGCUCUUUUAUAAUAUACUGUCUCAAUUCUUGCAGGUUUGUUUUUUCCCUUCAAAACUGUUGUGAAAAAUGAACAAUCCAGCAGAUCCCUCAAACCUACUCUUCAACUGCUCAAAUCCAUCAAAUUUCUCUUUGGAAACCUCAGAGCAAUGUGGCAAAGAGACACACCUCGAGAACAUCCUUUUUGCAACUUUCUACUUCCUGGAUUUCAUCCUGGCUUUUGCUGGCAAUGCCCUCGCUCUUUGGCUCUUCAUCUGGGACCAGAAGUCAGGCACACCUGCCAACAUCUUCCUGAUGCAUCUUGCUGUGGCUGAUCUGUCCUUUGUGCUGGUACUUCCUACCCGGCUGGUGUACCAUUUCUCUGGUAACCACUGGCCAUUUGGUGAGAUCCCAUGCAGACUCACUGGCUUCCUUUUUUACCUCAACAUGUAUGCCAGUAUCUACUUCCUGAUGUGUAUCAGCGUUGACCGCUUCCUAGCCAUUGUGCACCCUGUGAAGUCCAUCAAGCUCCGGAGGUCCCUUUAUGCCCAUUUAGCAUGUGCCUUUCUAUGGGUUAUAGUUGGGGUUGCAAUGGCACCUCUGCUGCUCAGUGUGCAGACAGUUGAGAUGGAAAAUACAACUGUCUGCCUGCAGCUCUACAGAGAAAAGGCAUCACGUCAUGCCCUUGUGUCCUUAGCAGUGGCAUUCACCUUUCCAUUUGUUACUACAGUGACUUGCUACUUAUUGAUCAUCCGAAGUCUGAAGAGUGGGAACAGAGUGGAGAAACACCUGAAGGAAAAAGCUAUCAAAAUGAUCAUCAUGGUCCUGCUGAUCUUUCUGGUUUGCUUUGUACCUUAUCACGUCAAUCGCUACAUUUACAUUCUCCAUUACAAUGGAACCAAAACUUCCUGUGAAACACAGCGUAUUCUAGCCCUCAGUAACCGCAUCACUUCCUGUCUCACAAGUUUAAAUGGUGCCUUUGACCCAGUCAUGUAUUUUUUUGUAGCUGAGAAAUUCCGUGAGGCUUUGUGCAAUCUGUUUUGUGUUAAAAAGACUGCAAUGAUGCCUCAAACAUACGAGGGUAAGACAAAUGAAAGCUCACUAAGUGCUAAAUCUGAACUGUGAACACAACUCGUCACUGCUUCAACUUAAGAAUGCUCAAUUCCACUAGAACCAACUGAGAGCGCAAGUAUGCAGUGAGAUAGUACACCCGGAGUCAAACUUGCCUUGAGGAGGGAAGUUCUGUUGUUUUUAUGGGACUGCAGUUAGCAAGAACCACUCUGACAACAGAGGUUGCGUGUUCUUGUCUUACUGAAACUGCAAACACAAGUACAGUUCUACUGAAGAUGUGAAACUGAGGGCUGAACACUUAGGAAUAGGGAAGGAAGCAAAGAGGAUAUUAAACUCAUAUUUAAAACCAAACCAAACUUAACUCCCAAAGCAUUCACAACAACUCUUCCUCUGCACAAUGCACACAGCCUACUUAACGUUUUAUACUG